AUGGAAAAACUUGAGAAAAGAUUAUUCUUUGAAGAAAAAACAAAAAUUUGGCUUUUUAUCAAGGCCAAAUCUAUAAAAACUUACUUACACCUUUUUUUCAAUGUUCCUUUGCCACUACAAAGUAUAUUCAACCAAUUUCUUUUCUUUUACAUAAUUAGCACACAGUUAUUAAAAAGGUUUUAUUACAUUCUUCAUGCUAUAAUAGAUGUUCAUAUGCCAGGAUGCCACUGUGUACUGAGAGAAGCUGAAAAGUGGUUAACUUACAGUACUCACAUUAAUAGGAAUGCACAAAGCAACUAUGUCACCAUUCAAACAUCCCUUGGCAGUCUUAGAGGUCAGGCAGAACAGUCUGUAUCAGGGCAAACUAUGUAUACUUUCAAAGGAGUGCCCUAUGCAGAGCCUCCUGUUGGAACACUGCGUUUCCAGCCCCCUGUGGCCAAGCAACCAUGGGAUGGUGUAAGAGAUGCUUUGGCAGCUGGCUCAAUGUGUGUCCAAUUGGAUACUGCAGCUGAUAGAGGACAGGAAGACUGCCUGUUUCUGAAUGUAUAUACACCUGAGUUACCAGCUGAAACAACUACCCUGAGACCAGUGAUGGUAUUCAUACAUGGAGGGGGUUUCGUAAAUGGAGCAGGAAUAACGUAUGGUCCCGACUACUUUGUGGAAGCUGGAGUUGUUAUUGUGACUAUUAAUUAUCGCUUGGGUCCAUUAGGUUUCUUGAGUACAGAAGAUCUUGUAGUACCAGGCAACAUGGGAAUGAAGGAUCAAGUGCAAGCUUUACGAUGGGUACAACAGAACAUUGCUGUGUUUGGAGGAGAUCCUAAUAGUGUCACCAUAUUUGGACAAAGUGCUGGUGGUGCUUCUGUCCAUUACCUUGUGCUCUCUCCCUUGGCAAAAGGUUUGUUUCACAAGGCAAUAGCUGAAAGUGGGGCUGCACUCAACCCCUGGGCAUUUGCUAGAAACACAAGAGACAGAGCAUAUCGACUAGCCCAAAGUUUUGGUUAUUCUGGUUCAAACAACACUACAGAAAUAGUGCAAUUCUUGUUGACUGUGGACGCUUACCAACUUGUUUCAAAUCCAUAUGCUGCUCUGCCUAUGGAGGACAUCAUGGGUAUCUUUCAAAUGGUGUUUGUGCCCAGUGUUGAACCACAGCAUGAUGGAGCAUUCCUAACAGCAGAACCAACAGAGCUUCUGUCUCAGGGUUUAUAUAAUGAUGUUCCUUACAUGACUGGUGGAACAUCUGCAGAGUGCUUGUUUUAUGUUGCACUCUACACACCACUCAUGGGUUAG